AUGCCUAAGGACAGUGAUAACGUCCAAGCUCAAGCUGAACCCAGCUCGCUGGAUUUAAUGAACACAGUAUCCCUGAAGGUUCCAGCCUUUUGGCCAGAUUCUGCAGAGGCCUGGUUCAUGCAGGUGGAGGCUCAGUUCGCCCUUAUGGGAGUGAUUGCCUGUUCCACCAAGUUCUAUUACUGUGUUUCAUCGUUCAACCAGGAGGCGGCUAAGCAAGUUCUGGACCUCAUCAAGAAUCCUCCAUCUUCCGACCCCUAUGAAGCCUUGAAGAGCCGUUUAUUGAGGUUGUUUGUUCUCGAUGAUUAUCAAAGGUAUGAAGCAAUCUCUAACCUUCCUUUCUUCGGCGAUAUGAAACCUUCAACGCUUAUGUCACAUAUGCUCGCCCUGCUACCUCUUGGUCACAAGCUGUGCUUCUUCCUCCGUAGAGCGUUUCUGAAGAGGUUGCCCGCCGACGUUCGAGCUCACCUGCUGAGGGACGAUUUUUCUGAUCCUAUAGCCUUAGCCUUGAAAGCGGAUGAGAUCUAUCAGAGCAAAGUUUCCUCCUCUACUGUCUACACGGUUUCCAGCGCCCCGGAGGAUGUUGUCAACGCCGUGAGAUCCUCACCUACAAACCGCCCACGACAUUCAGCAACUUCUCACUCCGGCAGCCGGGAUAACAGAUCAUUGUCUCCGACUCUGUGUUACUAUCAUCGCACCUGGGGAUCUAAGGCUAAGAAAUGUAGAGCUCCAUGUUCCUGGUUGGGAAACUAG